CAGAUAUCUUUAAAUCACUUCCUCUUUAUUUAAAAGUUGUACUCAUUAUUCAAAAAUCACAUCACUUCCUGUGAAAGGCUUCCGUUAAUCGUUCGUGUAUUAUAGAAUUACAAAUAUACUUGCAUUUCUGUUUUCCAACGUGCGAGUAGUGCAGUGUCACAAUCACGCCCCAGAGAUCACAUGUCAAGAGAGAGGGCUGAAGUCCAGCGCGUGUUAGCCCAGGCGCUGACAUUCGUACAUCAAGCAGAAGAAGAACUUGGAGCAGACAUGGAAGGGCAGAACUCGGCUGCAGAUUCUGAAGCGGCCGCAUUUGUUCGCGAAACUAGAGCCUUAUUUCAAAGACGUUCAACUGCAGAGACGAAUCACAGAAGAGGAGGCAGAAAAUAUAAAGGACGGGUUAGAGGCGAUAUUUGGAAAAGUAACUUGUUUCUGUUACAAAAACACAAUGAAGACUUUGUCCCUCCACCAUUAGAAAUGGCCAGGUUGACAAGAAAUGGUUUAGGUGUUCCUAAACAUGAACAGCCUGGUUCUACUGAAAGAUAUGGCUCAAAGUCAAUAAUUCAAAGGAAAUGGAAUUUUUCUCGUUUUGAGAAGUUUGUACAGGAUAGCUUUCCUGAAGCACCAUUGCAUUUGACCGGCUUCACCUUUGCAAAAGCAGAAAAAGGCAGACGUCUUAAAAAACUUGCUGCAACAACAAUACAUGAUUUAGAAUUGGAAAUUGGAAAAGGGAAGAUUUUUGUAGUUCCUGGACGAGAUCUACCUCUACCAGUUCAGCUGACAGAAGUAGGAAUGUCCUCAGUUACUUUUGCUGACAGACCUGAAACCAACUUGCAAAAUGAAGGUCAGACCCAAUUAGAAGAAGUGCAUGAUGCUUUGAGCUCAGAAAUUCAUCAUGUAGGGAACAACCAGGAGAGGCUAAAUGUCAAUGUACAGACUAUAGAAGACAGUCAUCCCCAACAUGAGACUCCUGUCUUAGAUGUUGAAGUUAGAGAAGAGUCAGUUCAGAGAGUAGCAGAUGUUACAAACCAACCAGAGUUUCAGUUGUUAUCUCUGACUACUGAGGCAGCAACAGCAACACCACCACCUUCUCCUUUUGCAUAUGUAAAUACUGGGACUCCAACAAUCCAAAUACACCAGUCACAUUCUGAGGAAAAGGAGUUGGAUCUUAAACAAGGUUUUUCUGAAUUGGAAUUGCUUGUUGAAGAUGAAAUUUGUAUCAGCAUAAGAAGAGAAAAAUCUUAG